AUGACCCAAGAAGAAGCCCUGUUGAUAGACUUCGCUCUCUUGCAGAGACAAGAAGAAAUAAUUAAAUCAGGGAAUUUCUUGUUUGAAUUUGGAAAAAUUGUUUGGGUAGACAGGACAGCAUUCUAUUCCAUGAGGGAAGGGACAUGGAUAGAAAACAGCAUCAUAGAUGCUUGGGCUGUCAUCCUAAACAAAGAAGAAGCUAAAAGUGACUCCCCAAGUCGGAUAUUCUUUGGUGUUUCCGCAUUUGAUACAAUCAGUCGAUACAACCAACCGGGCAGUAACAAAGAAGAAUUAGAGUUUACAUUCUAUGAGAGGUUGGCUCUUGAACUAGAAGAACAAGGCCUCAAUGUAGGAUCCCUGAUAGUGGCAAAAGCUGUAAGCAACAUCUUUCACCUCCUUCACUCUUUCUAUAACUGGCUGUUAAAAAAUUUUCAUAUAAUUUCCCCCUUCAAUGUGAAAAAUCAGAUCUACUUCCCAGUACACAACCGAGAGCAUUACUUCUUGUAUGUGUUGCUGGUUCAAGAAAAGAAAGUACUUGCAUUCAACAAUCUUCAUGCAAAAGAUCUGGACUACUACAAGCCAACAAAAGAUCUACUUGUGAGUGAAAAAAAGAUACAAAAUGAUUGUCAUACUUUAAGAAUUAUCCAUUGCAUUUUGCUGAUCCUUGGAUUUUAUGGCAUCACAGUUUCGGUUCUUCAAAAUUACACAUUGACAGAGGUUACGCUACCAUCACACAACGACAAAAAGCCGAAUGCGAAAGAUUGUGGAAUAUUCACAAUGCACCACAUGGAGCAGUAUGAUGGUGGUGACUACGAUGACGGUACUACUUUGGAUUUCCAUACAGGAAACAUCAAAGAGUGCGGUGGAGAUACAUGUUAA